GCAAAUCCACGUAACAAAUGACUCACGCAGGUAAAACGAAGUAAAGUCAGAUAGUCAGGUCAGCGAAUCGUAGACACCUGUUACGCUGUAUCUCUUAUCCUACCGAUAGUUUUUUAAUAUGUAAGGUGUUAAAGUAAUUUUUACAUCACUAGUUACGAACAUCACGAGAAAAUGCUGUGGAAAAUUGUGUUUUUUGUUUGUUUUUGUGCCUCCGCGGCCAAUAGCCAAGGAUUAUCGGUCACAGGUGCUAAGUGCGGUGAAAGAACUUGUAAGUUGUUGGAAUAUUGUUCGGACUUCGACGGAAUCUGCGAACCCUGUGUUGAUAUUUGCAAUAGUUCACAUCACAACUUUAAUCAGGUGUUGUGCGAGAAAAAAUGUCAAAAUUACUUGCACGAUAUGCGUUAUGUUAUAAGUACUAGCGCAGGAUCGGGAAAUGAAGAUAUCAGAGAAACCGUAAAUAAGCUGUCCAAGAUGGUAACUGUAAAUCUGACAUUAGUAUGUCUAAUGUUAAUUGUCUUGGCUGGAUUCCUGUGUUUCCAGUUCUACAGGUGGAAAGAAAAGAAGAAUAUUACUUUCGCCUCCUUAAAGGACAAAAUUCUAGGAAAGAAGAAUCCUCAAGAAACUCCUUCAAGAACUAACAAUCUUCCGGAUGCUUCCUCUAAAAAAUCAGGAGAUCUACGAUUGGACAUUACUUCCAACGCAUCACACAGUGACCAUAGCCCAGUCACUUUGUCCACCUCCAUCAGCAGACGACCAGCUGAAGACUGUGCCCUGGACUACGCCUAUGAUAAUCACGCCAUGACGCCGUCAUCACGUUAAAUCGUUUGUUUUUAUUUAUUUUAUUAGUUAUAUUACUUUUUCCUAUAAUGGAAAGGAUGAAAAGAGAUUUUAAAAAGUAUGUAUUUGAACAGAUUGUGUUAUGGUAUUUUGGCAACUUACAAUACUUUGGUAUUUUAUGGUAACUAUGUAUGUAUUUUUCUAGUCUAGAUUUGAUGUUUAUAUAGAGAGAUUUUGAGUAAGAUGUUCAAUAAAAAAUUAUACAGGGUGAGUCAUAACUAUAGGGACAUAGACUAAGGACAGGUUAUUUGGACCAAAAUAUGGCUAUUGGGCCAAAUAUGCCUUAAUAAAAUGUUGCUGAGAAAAAAGAUACAGGGUGUUAAAGUUAAUUUUUGUUUUUCGUUUUUUGCUAAUAGUUUCCCUGUAUAUUUAUAAAUUGCUAUCAAAAUUGGCACAGAGGCAUAAUCUUAGACAAGAAAUAGUAUUUUAUCUACAAUUUUACGUUUUGUCAUAGAGGGCGCCACGUGGAUCAUUCCUGAUGAUCAAAUUGAGUCUAAACUUUUUCUGAUGAAACUUUUUAGUAAUUUUUACAAAACGUAAAAUUGUAGAUAAAAUACUAUUUCUUGUCUAAGAUUAUGCCUCUGUGCCAAUUUUGAUAGCAAUUUAUAAAUAUACAGGGAAACUAUUAGCAAAAAACGAAAAACAAAAAUUAACUUUAACACCCUGUAUCGUUUUUCUCAGCAACAUUUUAUUAAGGCAUAUUUGGCCCAAUAGCCAUAUUUUGGUCCAAAUAACCUGUCCUUAGUCUAUGUCCCUAUAGUUAUGACUCACCCUGUAUAUUCUUCCUUGUCAGUCGUCCGAUUCGUAUAUCGUGCCACCUUGAAUUUUAAAUGAUUUAUCUUAAACUAUCUCCAUCUUUCUCUAACCUCUGCAAAUCUGAAGCAACGGUUUAGUGGAGCUCCGACCUCUUUUGUAAUGUGAUCCACAUACCUUGUUGUGAUUUUUCCUGGGAUAUUGCUCAUUGCACCAUCCCCUGCAUUGUCAGUUUCUCCAGACCAUCUCUACGCAUCACAUAACCAAAUUAAGCGGUGAUUUUUAUUUUUAAGUAACAAUGUUUCGAAGCCUACUUUUAACGUCAGUGCUAUCUAAUAAUAUAUUCAUUGGUCUUUCUUACGCUCCAGAGUAUUCGCAACAUUUUUAGUCAGCAAAAAAUUUCAAAGAUCAGUAUUUACAACCUUAUCUUUAUACAAAGUGUCCCCGAAAAUAGUGCGUUCCUUUAAGGUACGGAUAUAAUACACAAUUUAGAACAGAAAAGUCCUAUAACAUUUUUUUCUAAAGUUAACCGUUUGCAAGAAAAAAAUUACAUUGUUCUCCAGAUAAGUGAAAUAAAUUUGAAUGACAUGGCAACGUAGCCUAGAAGAACUUGCUGUGAUUGUGGAAAUUUAACCUAAUAACCCCUUGUUUAUUUACUUUUAGGUGUGAUUUUUGGGGUUGUUGACAUCAUAGGAAGCUACCUGCAAAAUAAUGGACAUUGGUUUGGUUGAUAUUUACAUUAUUUUACCUACCAGAUGCAACUGACCUACAAACCUACUUUUUUAAUCUUUAGAUUUUUGAGUUGCGCGUUGUUGCCAGACUUCAAUUUGCAAAUCAAAAUGUAUUUUCGUUUUUUGGUCAAAUGGAUCAAUUUAGAAAAAAAUGUUGUAAGACUUUUUUGCUCUACAUUGUACCUUCUACUUACACCUUUAAGGAACGCACUAUUUUCGGGGACACCCUUAUACAUGUGGUAUUGUGGCUUUUCCAUAUUUUGGUAAGGUUUGUAAUUGAUUUCUUGUCCAUGACUGGGCUUGAUGAUCACAAAUUGGUUAACCACUUCAAUGUCAUUGAUUCUGACAAUGUCAAGCUGUUUGUUAUUGUGCCCUAUCUAUGAUCAUUAUCUUUGUUUUUGAUUUAUUUGUGGACAGCUCUGUUUUCACACUCGCUCGUUCUGUUCGUUUUAACAGCUCUUUCAAUUAUUUCAAGGAUUCAGCGAAAAGCGCUGCAUCAUAUACUGUUAAGAUGUUGAUUCUUUUGCCGCCAAUGGAUAUGCCCCCUGCCCAUUUUGAAAUAGUUUCGCGCAUAAUGGCUUCUCCAUAUAUGUUAAAAGAAAUGGAGCUUAUCAGGCAGCCCUGCCUUACACCCUUACCAACCCUGAACGUCUCGGACAGUUCUCGAUGUGUCCGCACCUUUGCCGAGUUUGCCUAAAGGUUUACUAGCAAUGUUUUGGAGCAUUCAUUUCCUCCAGGUAUUUUGACAUUUUGUGUCGCCUGACAUAGUCGAAUGCUUAACUGUAAUCAAUAAAACACACACAUCUCCUUACAUUGAUUUCCCUUUAUUUUUCGAUGAUCUCUUUUAGGAUCGGGAUAUGUUCUCUGGUACCACUUUCUGUUAUAAAUCCUGCAUCAGAUUUAUUGGACACUUUACUAAAUUGUGGUAUAAGAGCAAUGGUGCGGUAAAAACUGAUACGCGUUAUGCAAAAUAAUGCACAGCUUAUGCAAGAAUCAAUUUUGUCUGCAGUAUUACAAUUCGAAUAUGGGACUUUAAAGUGGUAGUGUGUUCCGACCACGAUUAAGUCAUUAAUCGUAUACAUAAAACUAUCAUGAUCUUCAGUUAAAUUUACAGUGUUCCUACAGUUUCUUUGUUUUCUUUUAUUCCUGUGAAUUCUGGGAUAAUAGCGACAGUGUAUUUCAUCGAAUCGUUUUGAUCAUGGAUGUAGUUUGGGCUCAAUAUUUAAUAUCUAGCUCUAACCCCAAUCUUCCUCCACUUUACUUUUAGCUCAUUUGCUCCACCAAUGAUAUCCACAUAUUUUUAAAUGGCCAGUAAUAUAGCUACAUCAUAUGUUGCACAACUUAUAUACCAAAUAGAAGUUGGCUGAAUACUGGUGCUUUAGGGAAAUAUUUUUCCCCAUUGUGUAUUGUGUAUUUAUAAGGAAAGUGUAUUGAAUCUUAUCCAUAAGAUUUGUAAAAGGUUUUAACGAACCUUUACGCAUGGUCAAAACUGCAUAACCUUUUAUGGUGUCCAAUUGUAUGGCUUAAAAUCUCCUCAAUAUUAUAACUAAAGGCCGGAUUAUAUGUUCCUGUUUUGACUGAAAUAUGUGCAUAUAUAUGUCUGAAAUAUGAGUAAAAUAUGUUGAAAAUAUUCCCUAAAAGCUUAAAAUAUGUUCCAACUGUGUGGAAUAUGUGAAAAACAUUUUAAAGUAACAAGAAAAUAUGCAUUUUAAAAAUGUAUAAUAGUUUUAUUAAAUAACGGUAAGUACAUAAAUAUAUUGACAAAAUUACUCUAAAUAUACCAAUGUAUACCUAUUUAGUACCUAUGUAUUACUAUUACUUAGGUUUCUACAUUUUAUUCCUUCUUGUAAAAACAAUUCACAAUCAAAUGUUUUUCAAUACUUUCAAUACUAAAAUUAAGUCGCCUAUCCGUUAGUAGUAAUUUGUAUGUUGAAAAGCUUUGUUCAACAUCAACUGAUGCGAUUGGUGCAAAUUUUAAAACACUAACAAUCUCCGCAUUUAAAUUGGUAUUAACAUCAAAAUCGCGACAAAGAAUUUGGUUUUCUUCCUGUAAUAAUUUUAAAGCACUAUUUUUCUGUAAAGUUUCAAUACAUUUUUUAUUUAUUGAUUGUCCAAUUUUUCCAGAAACUUUCUCAACGUUUUCCUUAAAUUUCUGAAUUGAAUUAAUAGACUUGUAGACGAAGCGAUUCAGUUUCAAGAUUGAGGAUGAUUUUAUAAACAAAUUCAUAAUUCGAUUUAAUAAAACAAAGCUUAUUGUGCAGUGACCUGUUUUCUAAAAUUGAUUUGCAUUUUGAAAUCGCACCAAUAUUUUUGUUUCUUCAAAACUUAAAAUGAGUUCUUUUAUAGGGAGAAAAUGUUCCGCAUAAAAACAGGCAGCUUUUAAGAAUGUUCCCCAUCUUGUGAUUAUAGGCUCCGGUGGCAAAGGAGUAUUUGGUAAUUUUUCUUUAUAUAUCUGAAUCCUUAUAGGCGAAUUUAAAAAUAUUUUCUUCACGUUGCCAAUUAAACUAUUUACUGUAGGAACUGAAUUUCGAAUUUCUUCCGCCAUUCUGUUUAAACCAUUCGCCAAGCAUGUCACAUGAAUUAAAUUGGGAUAAAAAACUUUUUGUUGUUGGCCAGCUUUGACCAUGUAUGACGCAGCAUCGGAAACCAUAAGCAAGAUUUUGUAGUUGGAACAAUGUCGGGAACAAAAAAAGUUCAUGAAAGCAUCAUUUCUAAACCUCACCAUUGUUACAUGGUGGGCUGGUGGGGUUUUUCCUAGGUCUGCGACGAUUCUUGUUACAUAAACAAAAAUUUCGCUAAAAUUUGUUAAAAAUAUGCCAAAAUAUGUCAAACGUUCGAAAAUAUGUUCAAACCAUCAAAACAUGUUCAAAAAACGAAAAUAUUCUAAAUAUGUAAAAUUAAAUUAGUGUCAAACGCCUUUAAUUAUCAUAAUUCGUCCACAUCCUGAAGCGUUUGAUUGUAUCUUUGAUGGUUAUCGAUAUUCAAAAAACAUAUAAUCCGGUCUUUAAUUAUAACUUACCAAAUUCGUACUAUAGACUGUUUACUAACAUAAACGUACUUACUAGAUAUUGUAGUAAUAGUUUUUAAAAACAGGUUUUAAUUAUAAGAAUAUUGUGAUAGUACCUACUGUGUUGAGUACAUCUUUUAAUGCAAAAAUUAUUAUAAUAUUGAUAGAAAGGGACAGGGAUUGUAUUUUCUUUUAAAACAAAAAUCAGUACCAAUUUUUAUAGUAAUAUACUAUGGUAUUUUAAAGACAGCAUGUCGCGUCUCACUUUGACUCUUUUCUUUUUGUCGAUGUUUCUUUUACACCAGUCGGCUUUGGAGUGUAGUUGUAUUUUCCAAAUAAAAAAAUUGAAAUGCGUGAAACUGUUUCUUACUGGCUCUACUGGCACAAAUAGAUAGAUUGUAUAAUAUAAAUAAACGAGUUCUUUAGCCUCAAAGACCUUUUGGAUAUACCCUAUAUCUAUCUUUCUGCCUUUCGCAUAAACUUACCAUUUUUAUCUUUUGAAGUACAGACUAUAACAAGAUUCAAAUCUAUAGUUUACACGUGGCUGAAGUUUCGUUGUUUUUCUUUCUAGUUUGCUUUGUAGAUUUGCGUCUGAUCCAGACUUGUCUUAUUAAACCCUAGAUAACGUACCCAUACGAGGAGUAGGAUAAUCCAACAUGGGUGUCGAAUGUUUGACAACGAACCCCAUCAGCUACUUGACAAAAUCUUAAGAGAGGUCUAAUCUAAUUAAUUGAUAGGAGCAAUAUACCAACAAAAACGUCCAUUUCUGUCGAUUUGAGACGGUCUAGCUUAGCAGAGGGGAAGCUAUUAUAUCUUUUAAAAAGUCCAAGGAAUAUAUGGAUUAUAUGAUAAGAAAAUUAAAGAAACAAUAAGAGAUAUUGGGAUUCAAGAUAAAUAAUAUGUGUAAGACGUCACACUUAAAUAUGGAAUCCAGGAUUGCAGAUUUGCUUAAGUUUAGGGCAAUUGAAAAGCAGAGAUGGUACUUGCAUUAAAAAUAUAGAAUCGAAAAUAGCACGGUAAAACACGACACAAAAGUAUUCGAUGGAGUGAUAUCGAUUAACACUUUAACCGAAAAAAACAAAAAUAGGAUGUUUCAGAGCCCAGUCCUGAAUAUUACUGUAUAUGCUGUAGAAGCAUGGCCAAUGACAACAACAAUACGAAAUAAAAUAAUAACAUUUAAAUUGGACUUCAUGAAAAGCCAAGGCGGAUCUGCGGGGGGAACAGGGGAAAUCCCCCCAACAAGGCCCAAAUUAAAGAAACGAAAAAAUAUACUAUACAGGGUGUUUCAUUAACAAUUAUUGUCCAUGUCGUAACUGGAGAAACCUUAGCACAAAAUACGAAAAUUUUACAAAAACACUUAAAUAAAAAAAUAUUUCUCCUUACCGAGAUGGAGAGUGUUUUAUUACAAAUAUUCUAAAAUGAUUUUAGCCCAUUGCUUAAGCACCUUUCAAUAUUUUUUGUUCAAACUUGACACACAGUUUACAUGUUAGGGUACUUUAACUAGUCUUAAAAGAUAGUUUUCUGCUGUUAUCAGAGGCGUGCUGUAGGGAUAUAUACUUCAUUUUUGCCCCUUUUUUUCCCUCACAAUCUACGCCCCUGUCGUAAUAAUCAUUUCAGCAUGUUUUUUGAUUCCUUGUUGCUUUUUACAUAAAUGUCAUCCUUUUGUCUCAUUGCGAUAAGGUUAUACUAUUUACAUUUCAAUAUUAAGUUAUAGUUACGAUAACUUUUCAAGUUAUUAGCGUUUAAAGAUAAUGGAUUCCAUAAGCCUAUGUACUACAUUCAAUAAGAUUUUGUCUUUAAAACACAUAAUCUUAUUCAAUCCAUUACAUUGAAACGCAAAUAACUUGAAACCUACUUACUCUAUCGCAUUGAGACAAUGGAUGAUAUUUACGUAAAAAGUAACGAAGAAUCAAAAAACAUGCUGAUAUGAUUAUUACGACAGUGGCGUACAUUGUAAGGGGGAAAAGGGGCGAAAAGGACGUAUAUAUCCCUACAGCACGCCUCUGGUAACAGUGGAAAACUAUCUCUAAAGACUAGUUAAAGUAAACUGUGUGUCAUAAAGACAUGUGUAAACUGUGUGUCAAGUUUGAACAAAAAAUAUUAAAAGGUGCCUUAACCAUGGGCUAAAAUAAUUUUAGAACAUUUGUAAUAAAACACCCUGUAUAUAGGUAAGGAAGAAUAUUUUAUGUAAUUGUUUUGGGUUAAAUCUUCGUAUUUUGUGCUAAGGUUUCUCCAGUAACGAUAUGGAUAAUUGUUAAUGAAACACUUUGUAUACAGUUGAGUCUCUGAAUCUUUACCCGUGCGUCAUCAUUUAAAGCAUACGAAAUAAGUCGACGAUAAGUCGCAAAUUGAAAUUGACUAAACGCAACAGCAAGUGACUUGCUGUUGCGUUUAGUAAAUUUCAAUUUCCGACUUAUCAUCGACUUAUUUCGUAUGCUUUAAAUGAUGACGCACGGGUUAAGAUUCGGGGACUCAACUGUAGCUGAGCUGGCAUGAAACUCAAAUCGUAGACAAACAAAUUAAGCCCAAUAAACCCGACAGGUGGGAAAAUUAAGGCAAGUUAAUGCAUAUAAGUUAUUAUUUAUGUAUUUUAUGUAGGUACUUAGUUUGAGUUUAUCUUUUUAUGUCUUUUGGUUGAUGUCUAGAUCCGCCAAUGAUAAGAAGUUGUCUACAAAUCACCAGAGAGGAUAGAAUAAGAAGAGAGGAAAUGUGGAACAGAAUGGUAGUAGAAUGCUCCAUUUCAAACAAGUUGGAAAAACGUGCCCUGCAGUAGUACAGGAAUGUACAAAGAAUGCCAGGACGUAGAUGUUGAAAAGAAUAUUGGACUGGGACCCGCGGGAACCUGGGAGCUGCAAUGAGAUGAAAAACGCACAUAGGAAAUUAUAUGACCUCAAAGAAGGUGACUGGGAGAACAGAACGCUGUGAAGAACGAAAACGGCAUUAUCCAUAAUGGAAAGAAGCCGAAGAGAAAAAGAAGAGGAAAAAGCAAGAAAACUUAAAGAAAUAGCAAACAAGAAGGGACUACGAGUAUAUACGGACGAAACAACAGCUUAAUACAUGAAAUACGAGUGACAAGUUUUCAGUGGUGUUAUGGGUAACUGUAUAUUAUGUUAAAGUAAAUAUGUUAAUUUGGAUAUAAUGGAGACCCAUUUCCGCAUAGUAAAGGAAGCUAAAGAAAAAUCCAAAACCAUGUUAUAGCUAGAAAUAUACGUGAGUAGCCUCUUAAAAAGCUCAAUAAAAAUAAAAACUUUGUAAAGGGGAACUAACAAAAAGGAUACUCAAAGUGAACAAAGUAAGUAGACUUAGAGGAACAGAAGAUUUCCAGGAUAACAUAAUAUGGCUGCACAUACGUGAAAGUUAGAUAGAUUAGAGAUUAGCCGACCUAGCAAAGAACUGGAAGAUUUGUAUAUAUGGAGAUCCAAACAUAUAGGUAACAGUAAAAGCAUAGAGAGUAUAUAAAAAGAAGAACAAAAGGAAGAACACCAAAAAUAAUAUUAAACAGGUUGAUAGAAAGGAAAGAAGAAAGAAAAGACGACCACUAUAAAAAAGAACGUUUAAAAGAAAAAGAAUAUAAAACUGAACAACUAGAAAAGGAAAUCAUUAAAUAGAAAUAAAUGAAGAAAAAUUAGCACGGAAAUGAUGAUUUUACUGGAAUUUUCGUGCUAUGAGUUGCAUUAUAGGCUGACGAUCUCUGCCUGUAGCGUUAAUCACCUGGCACUAAUCUUAGGAGUUAUAUAUCAUUAACCAGCAACACACAGCAGUUUCCUAGGAUUCAUAUCCCAUCUCAUUACAAUUACACAAGGAGUAAAUAAAAAAGCUAUGUUUUAUAAACGAAUUAACUAUAUUUUUAAACUGUGAUUUUUUAUUUUACUCUGAAUUUUGGCUCAAAAUUAAACCAGAACAAAUAUUGUUACUAAUUGAUCUUUUGGCGGAUUUUGUGUUUGCUUUUAUAGAUUAAUUAUACAUAUUAUUAUUGUGUUCGAUGUUAAAUAAAUAUUUGAAUACCUACAUUGUUGGAUAUAGGCGUUUGCUUUACGCUUACAUAUUUUAAAACCGUUAAAAACAAACAACGAAAUACGUUUUUUGCUAUUUACAUUAUAAAUAAAUACAAUUUUUGCGAACGUUAGUGUUUUCAAUGGAUAGAAAGGAUUAUGAGAAAAAUAGAUGACUCUUUUAAUCGAUUCGAUCGCUUGUAGGUGUAUAUUAUAUUUACAAGUUUUUGUUGGUCUUAGUAAAUAUGUUUGCAUCUGAUCGAGAACAAAAACGAAAACAAUUUUUUUAAGAAAAUUUAAUAUUUGAAAUGCAUUUUACUAAAUUUGUGUUAAAACAAAAUAUUUUAUGAUCAUGUACUUCUUCUUGGUCACUGAGCUAUUUUUUAAGUUUGCGAAAAGAAAAAUCUAAGGGGAAUAAAUCUGACGAAUCAGGUGCGCGAAGUAGCAAUUCGAACUUGAAUUCAUGAAUUUUGGCCAACUAAUUAGUCGCCACACAUCUUGGUGGAACGAUGAAGUGAAAAGGGAAAUAAAAGAAAAGAAGAAAUUAUGGAAAGAAUACAUACAAGACAAAACACAACAAAAAUAUGAAAAUUAUAAGAGACAGAGAACAAAAGUUAAAGAGAUAGUUAAGAAGGAGAAAAAGAAAAGUUGAGAAAAAUUCGGAGAAAAAAUGGAAGAAAACAGCACAGAAAACGUAAAAUUAUUUUAUAGAACACUAAAAAACCUAAGAAGCAACAAAGAAACGAAACUGAAACAAAUAAUGAACAAGAAAGGAACAAUAAUAAAUGACGAUAAGACAAUAAUUGAAAGAUGGAGGGAACAUUUCCAGCUGAUACUAAAUGGAAAUCAAGAGAAUACAAUGGAGAAGGAAAGCGACAUCAAGAGAGUAUCCAUGAGAAAUACGGAAAAUCCAGAAGCUAUAGAAAAAGAAGAACUGGAAGAAGCAAUAAGAAAGAUAAGAGCAGAGAAUGGACAAAUGCAGUAAUUAUACCUAUAUACAAGAAAGGAAACACAAGAGACUGUAAGAACUAUAGAGGUAUAUCACUACUAUGUGUAGCAGCAAAAGUAUACGAAACCAUAAUAGAAAGGAGAAUCAGAAAAGAAAUAGAACAUUAAUUAGAGGACGUACAAAGUGGAUUCAGGAAAGGACACAACACAAAAGACCAUAUAUUCAUCAUGCAACAAGUAAUAGAAAUAGCAUUAAAGAAAAAUAGAGAAAUAUAUCUGAGCUAUAUAGACAUGGAAAAAGCAUUUGACUCAGUCAAAAGAAAAGAUAUAUGAGAAAGCCUAAAGAAGAAGCAAGUAAGUGAAGAACUGAUAGAAGCAACAAAGAGUAUAUACAUGAAUACAACAAAUACAGUAAGAAUGUUAAAUAUACAGUCAGAACCAUUUGAAACAACUCGAGGAGUUAGACAAGGGAGAAGUCUCAGCCCAGUGCUAUUCAUAAAUGUAAUAGAUAUAUAAUAGUCUCCCGUUUUAUACCACUGUUGCUUAGGGAGUAUAGCAGAGUAGUCUGCUAUAUCUCGGGCCUACGGUAUACAAGAAAGAUAACAGAGCCAGUGCUAUGCUUCAACCGCCUAUUAUUACCCCUGGUUUUACCCAAGGUACUCAUUUUAUUCAGGCUGAGUCGACCUGGGGCAUAUAAACAUUUUUAAAAAUGUCUAGUUGUUCUUGCCGGCGGUAGGAUUUGAACUCCGGACCACCGGCACGCGAGCCAAGCACACUACCACUUAUCUACGCCGGUCCCAAUGUAAUAGAUGAGAUAGUGAAAGAAUGUAAGAAAACUUUCAAAAAAUACUGCAUCGGUUGGAAUAGAAUGCAAAUGAUAAACGCUAAGAUGUGUAUAUUUGCAGACGACAUAGUAUUAAUUGCGGAAACAGCCGAAAAACUGAAAUACAACUUAAAGAAAUGGAACCUAGAAGCAAGCAAAUACAACUUAAACGUAAACAAAGAGAAGACUCAGAUAAUAAAAAUAUCAAGAAAACAAGGGACGGAAGAUCAAAUAGAAGUAAUGAUAGACCAACAAAAAAUAAUACAGACAAAUUUGUACAAAUACUUAGGAACAGUAAUCAACAACAAAGGAGACAUCGAGGACGAUCUUAACAACUGGAAAACACAGGAAAACUAUUCCAAGCACUAAAUAGAGGAUUCCUUAAUAACAAAGAAAUAUCAACAAAGACCAAGAUGACAAUAUACAAAACAAUAUAUAGACAUACGGUGACAUAUGGAGCAGAAAUUUGGAUAUUAAACAAAAGACAUCAAAGCAGAAUUCAGGCAGCAGAGAUGAAAUACCUCAAAAGAACGAUCGGAGUAAAAAGAACUGAUAGACUCAGAAAUGAAGAAAUAAGAGAAAGACUCAAAAUCAAACCGAUACUCGACUCAAUCAAGGAGAAAAAAUUGGCAAGGUUCGGACAUCUAACCUGGAUGGACAAUAAUAGACAAGUAAAAAGAAUGUGGGACGCCAAACCAAUAGGGAAAAACAGAAGAGGAAGACCCAUUAAAGAAUGGAACAGUUACAUUUCGCAGAUACUGCAGAGUAAGGGUAAGACUUGGCAGGAAGCAACACAGAUGGCAUCCAAUAGGAAGGAAUGGAGAAACUUCGUUAAGAGCUAGGACAACUCAGAAGAUUGUAAAAUAUUGUAAUUUAAUGAAUUGUAUUAUAAACGGCCCAACACCGAAAGGUACAAAUGGGUCUACUGAUUAAGUAAAGUAAAGUAUUUGGUCGACAAUCCUCCAAUUCCACAUUACGGAUUUUCUACACCGGUUCUGAAGUGAUCACCUCGUUUAGUCAACCACUGUGAUGCUCAUCUUGGCAGCUCGUGUGGCCUUGUUUAAACUCUGUCACUCAAUAUUCUACUGUUUUAAAUAAAGGAGCAUAUUCACUAUUCAGUCAGAGCAGAAUCCAGUUCAGCUUUCAUAUUGGUCGGGCUGAGGUCUUUCAAAUAAUAAUAAUAAUAAUAUUGUAUGGCAUUUUUGCCAAGGAGAUCCUUUUGGACAGUUCCGGCGCCAUUUACAUCUUUAACCCUGUUUCAAGUAACUAGUGCCGAUGUACACUAGCCCAGGGGGACCGACGCUUAACGUGCUCUCCGAGGCACGGUGAGACAGCUCGUGUCAUUAUUGGAAAUGAAAAUGGUUUGUCUUUGGCAGGGCUCGAACCCACGUGCACUGGCGUAUGAGGCCAGCUAUUAUGCCGUUAUUCCACGGCCGCUCACAAGGUCUUUCAAAUAAAAGUAUUGUAUCACAUAACGAUGGCCAAUUUUCUCCAUUUUUUCAAAUUCACUGAAAAAGUUUACUAUUAUUAAUGAAUGCCAAACAAAUACUCAACACGUGGCGACUCUAAACUUGAAGCAUAUGCUUUAGAAAUUGUAUACUUUCCAAUACAGUGAUAGUUGAUGAUUGAGAUAACUACAGCUAUCCUUAAGCCGAGUCCAAUACUUCUGGAAACACUUGAAUAUGAGGUAAGGAAAAAAAUCUAAAUGUGGCGCCAAUUACUUCCAAAAUCAAAAAUCGUAAUUUAAGAUGGUUGAAGCAUCUUAACCUCCAAAUGAGAGUCAUUCAAUUGCCGAGUGUUAAGUUCUUGGAGGAAGUAUCAAAGUAAGGCCAAACAUGCCAUGUUGGGGAAUAAUUAGUUGGAUAUAAAUAUCAUAAAAUAAUAACAAACGUACAGAAUAAUGAAAUUUUUGAAUAAUCGCAUCCAUUUUCCACCAUUUUAUUAAAUCUAGUUUCUAAAACUUUGUAUGUUUAUUUUCGUGAAAGGAAUGACGCAAUUUUGAUGAAGAAGCAGUGGCGGAUCUAGAAAUUUGCCUUGGGAGGGGAAAUUUGUCUUAGGGAGAACUUCCAAUGAAACACAAAUCAAAAGACAUAAAAAAGAUGAACAACUAGAUGAAAGACAUAAAUAAUAACUUAUUUGCAUUAAGUUUCCUUAAUUUUCCUAACGAGCGUGUUUAUUGGGUUGAAUUUGUCUGUCUGUGGUUUAAGUACCAUACCAGCUUAUAUAUAUAUAUAUAUAUAUAUAUAUAUAUAUAUUCUAUGUUUCAACAAAAUUUUCUUUAAUUUUUAAUCUUUUUAGGGGAGGGGGGAAUUUCUCGGUUUUUCCUCCCCGUAGAUCCGCCUCUGUAAAGAAGUGGAUUUUUCUUGAAUAGAUGUUUUAGUAGUCCCAUUUUUUUAUUGUUUAUAAUAUUUUAUGCUCAUAACAUUUUAUGUUUUUUGUUGCCAGAAAAAAUAUUAAUAAGAAAGAAAUAUUUUAGGAGAAACCAUAAAAAUAGGUACUAAUUCUUUUACCUAUCUAUUUCGUUUACGUCAAAAUGAUUAAACAUUUUUUUUUAUUUAUUUAAACAAAAUAUUUGAGUCAUUUUGUUAACAAAUAACAAAAUAUAUCAUCCCAAACCCACUUACUUGAGUUUUACCAGAAUUUAGUUUUUCUUUUAUUCCGUUUCCAUAUUUUCUCCUUUAAACAUUGUUUUUUCGAGGGUAGUAAUCAUGAUAGCUAUUUUCACUUAUGAUGCGGCAGUUGUAAAAGUUUAAAAGAUCUAUUAUUUAUUUAUUUAAAUGUGACGUGGUUCUAUGCUUCCCUUCGCAAGUAUUUUACUUUGUAUUAUCACCAUCUUUUGGGUAGUUCAAUAUUACCUAUUUUUCUUUUUAAUAUCUUCCUAAUUUACGAACACUCCUCGAAAGAAACGUAGAGGACAAAAUAAGCACUUACAGGAUAAAAGAUUAGAAUUGCUGAAUAACUUAGUAAUAGUAUAAAAAGCUAAAAGUAUUUUAUUUUAAACGAAAUUGGAGACUGAUCAAAUCAAUAUCCACUUUGCACUCUCACUGCUACGCAUUGUCGUGAUCUGAUAUAAUAGAUAGAGCAAUUCGGAAAUAGCAAACCAAAAAGGCAUUCAGAGAAAAUGAUUUCAUGAUAGAAACAGAUUUAGUUUCCAGAACAAUCCAGACGCGGACGUUUUGCGUCGAAACUUGAAAUUCAAUAUGCGCGCUAUAUACGUGCCAGAAGGGUGUCUUUAUGGAACAUGUAAUUCUAUACGAGGCGUUGUCUUUUUUCUUAUUUCCUCUAAGUGACGAUAUUGGGAUAUUUGUCGAAAAUUAUUGGAGGUCGAUUUUGUAAAAUCUCACUGAAAAAAAUCUUUCACUAACAUAUUUUAAUUUUUGUAUAAAUAUAUGACAGCUCUAUAAAAAACUGCUCAAUAUUACUAAAAAAUAAUUAAAAAUGAUAUAAAAGAAAAAUUGAUAUGAAAAAAAAUAUAAAACUAAUCAAGCAAGCAAGCAUUAGAGUUUAACAUUGCCUGAGAAAACACCCCUUGAGAAUAAUAUUCGGGUGAUACAAUUCAUUGGGGCGAGGAGAAUUAACUCCUGAAAUCGGAAAUCACUCCAUCCCGCCCCAAUGCUCCAUACUAUCCAUUUUCCCCCCGAAAGCACUCUGAUGCUGUAUAGAGGCUCUCUAUCAGCAAAGUACUUAUCAUGUUAUGGGAGUCUUGCGCACAAGGACUCCCACUAGAAAUCCUACCUCGAUCAAUGCAGGCCAGCGUGAGACGCUCUAUUCCCGCAAUAUCAACUUAUCUGCGAUCUGUAUUCCUGGUUCGCUACGUCCAGUUCUGUGACUCGGCGCUCGUGAAUGUGGGCUAGGGUGCAUCGAAAAAAUAAAAAUUAGAAAUGUUAUAUCUAAUAGCGUGAAAAAGUUGCUAGUGUUAUUUUUCAGCAUAUUAGUAUUUUUAAUUUUUUUUUCUAAGCGAAUUUUCUGCUCCCCCAACGACCUUGAAUUUUAUUAAAUAUCUUAUUUUAAUGGAAAUUUUAAUUUAUAUUAUUUGGAAUAAAAUAUGUGCUAACUCGAUCUAAGAUCAAUUAAAGAAAACUUAAAAUGUUGUCAAUUACAAAUUUAAACGAUAUUUGUUUUUUCAGUCUCCCCAACCCCUUUGAAAUGUCCCAUUUUAUGAGUCCGUGUGUGUAAUUUUCACUUAUGUUUGGUUCGAUGCCUUAGGUACUUUGUUAUUAUUGCUGUUUGUAAAUUAAAGAUUUUUAAAAUAGAUAAACCAGGACCAUGGGGAAUAAAAUCAAGAUGUGCUGCAGCACAUGUAAACACAUGUGGACCGCCCCAUUUUUGGGCAACCACCAAAUAUACCUGAAAAUGUUUUACCGAAAUACAAACAACCGAUGAAGUUUUUUGCUUGCAAGAGAAUAAAAAAGUCAGCAAAAAAGAGCCAGAAUUUUCUGGUAUUGCCGAACAUGUUGCAAUUAAAUUGGAGGAAAUAUGGAAAAAUGCUUUAAUUCCAAUAAUUUAACAUACAAGAAUUAGUCAGCCUUUAAAAGCCUAUCAUGACAAAUAUGUAAAACUUAUGAAACCAUUUAAGAACAGGCAAAACAGUGAAUUUUACAAAAAUAAAAUUCAAUGCUUUAAGAACAAAAGUAAAACUACACGUUUCGAUCUUGCAGCAUGCAACUGCGACACUCUGAUUAAUUGUCUUUGUAGCAAAUCGCAAAAAGUGGCUCUGGAUGAGCGCGAAUUUCUAUUAAAUCUAAGAGGUCCCAGAAAAAUGGUGAUAAGCUGGAUUGAUAGGGAAAACAAAAACAAAUAUAAUCAGAGAAGUUAACGGUAAAAGAAGAAAGUUACCGACGCAAAGACAAAACUUUAGCUCAAGUAAAAAACAGCACCAAGUUUUAUGGUCAAUCGAUCGUGGAAGAACACAUAACACUUGUGCAUGAGCCAGGGUACAAAUAUUUCGGAUAUGGGUAUCCGCUGUCUGGUAUAUCAGAAAGUAUCAAAUCCAGCUAUUGCAUGUGACGAAAUAGUCGGAAAUACUGGCGUUAAGGGUAAUGUAAUACGGCUGUUAGAAGAACAUCUUAAAAAACCGCUUCAGUGGUUUGUAUGUCUGCGACAUUCAAAUGAUCUACCCCUUGGACAUCAAAAGAAGUUUGCCGGUGACCAAAUCAAAAAACGUGAGGGUCUUCAAACUUUCUAUAAAAAUUUUGAUUCAAACGACUACUUUGACUUAAUUAACUAACAAGAAUAUUACCUUACAGAACCACCUAUAUUCUCUAGAUUUUCGAGUGACAAUCUGCGAGAUUUUAUUAAGAAACCUAACUAGACCCUUUUAACAAUGAGAUUAAAAAAUAUCACUACCACAAACAAUGUGUAAAACGAUGUGUCAAGCUUGUGACACAAGCUUCUCUAGUAGUUUUUGGAGCGUGUUCGAGGGAUGGAUUUAUAAAAACUCGAAUUGAUUCCAGAAAAACUUUGCCUCACUUUAAUGCUAAAUCGGAAGACAUCUUCGAAUAUAAUGCUUUUACCAUAUUUUUUUGUAAUAUUUGUAUGCCUAAUUUUGUACUUUGCGUUAUAUUUAUUUUAGUAUUAAAAACUUGAGUGACGUCAGGGAGACGGAGAAGUGAGGCUAUUUUUAGUAUACUUUUCUUAAGUAAAAUUAUUAAUUGCCUUGUGAAACCAGAAAAUAUUUUCCAGUUUAAACCGAAUUUAUUUAUUCAAGUUCUAUAAGGUAUUACAUUUCCCUUACGCAUAUUAAUGUAUUUUUUUCUAAUUUUUAGUUGCCAUGGGGGCAGAAAAUAUUUUUUUAAUUCAACGCAAUUUUACUAAAAUACUAAAUAGUGUGUUAGGCAACUUUUGUGAGCUAUUACAUUUUCGUUUCGAAAUAAAAAAUUGUUUUCGUCUGUUAACAUUUUUUCAAAAUUUUUAAUUGUGUUGGGGGGGGGGCAGAAAAUAUUUUCCAAUUUCGAAAAAAUUUUACCAAAAUACUUAACAGUUGAUUGGGCAACUUUUGUGAGGUAUUACUUUUCCAUCGCAGAAAAAAAUUUUUUUUGCCAUUUUCGAUGCACCCUAAUGUGGGCCCCUCUUGUCCGUUUAUUGGGAUUUGUAGUAUUAUUUUUUGACUUGCACCUUUUGCUAUUAGUUUAUUAAUUUUUUUGGUAGCCACUUUUUUGUGGUUUUUGUAGAUUUUUUCUGGAGGCUAUCUGAAACAUACAAAAUCAACAUUAAAUACACUGCGAUGCCAAAGGUGAGCAAAACGUUGUCUUCUAUUGAUAAAGACUUCAUUAUAUUUUUCCUAUAUAUUGUUUGGGUCCGGUGUUCUUUUAUCUGUGUUACACAUCAUACUAUCUCUCUAAUCUUAUCACAUGUCUAGCAGGAUCUGGUUUCGACGGUCUUCUAGCUUAGCGAAUUUUGUUCUGGCUGUUUGCUCCAUCAUUUCCAGUACCCUGAUUUGUUUUGGGUCUCUGAAUAGGAACCAAUUAACAUUGUAUUGCAUCUUCGAAAAGUCAGUUGUGUGCUGAUUGAAUCUUCUUUUUGUUGCUACGACUUGUGUUCCCAUGCAAGAGAUGCAUUUGUAAUAAUUGGUAAUAUGAUGCUGUUUAUAAAACUUAAUUGUGUUUCCAUAGCUUUGCUUAUUCUUCCUCUGAGUCCGGUUAUUGCAGCUCCGGCCAUUGCUGUUUUCUGGACUGUUACUUUAACAUUUGGUGUGAAUGUUAGAGCUUUUUCGAUUGUAACUCAUAGGUGUUUAGCUUCAUUUUGCCAUUGGAUAUGUCAGUCUUAUACUGUUAGCUGUUGUUCUGGGUUAUCUGUUCUCUUUUUGAAAAUAACUGCAUGGGUCUUUUCUAGAUACAUUGCUACUAUUAUCCAUUGGAUACUCCAUUCUUCUAUCAAAUCCAGUGUUGUCUGUAGAUUUCUUUCAGCUAUAUCCAGGUUCCUGUGUUUUGCCGCGAUGGGGGUGUCGUCUGCAUAAAGGCUGAAUAGAGUUCCAGGUGUUCUUGGAAAGUUUUCUGUAUAUUUGCUAUACAGGAGGGGUAAUAAGACUACCCCCUAUGGUACUCCAGCUUCCGGGAUUCCGUGUUCUGACAGAAUUGGUGCUAUCUGGAGUCUGAACCUUCGGUAUCCAUAAUCUCUGACAUUGUGUGUCAGUCAUUCAUGGCACAUUCUGUCAAAGGCAUUGUUUACAUCGAGGAAGGCUGCUCCUGUAUAUUACUUGUCGUUGAAUACCGCUGCUAUGUAUUCUGUAAGUCUAACUACUUGUAGUUCUCUGGAAUGUUGAGCUAUGAAUCUGCAUUUUGCUUCUGGGAUCAACCCUAGUCUGCUAUCAUAAGUUAUAUUUCAUAGACAAGUUUAAAGAUACCAUUUUUAUUUUCGAAGUAUAAUAAAUGAUCUAUUUAGACCAUUCUUAGUCAAUAUAAAUCAUCUAAACCACGUAUUUUUGAAUUUCUCUAUGCGUUGACUAAUUUUACUCUUAAUUUCACAUGUACAUUUUGAUACAUUCGAUUAUUAUUCCUCUGUUUAUUUUUCUAACAGUUUGGUUACAUUGUGAAUAUAUUCUUCAGCAUGUUCUAGGUAUGUUCCGGCUUGUCGUAAUUCCCAACCAGCUCAAAUUUACUUUGUAUGGAACUAUUAGCCUAGCUUAAUUUUUGCAUCACGUAUCAAAAUUGACAAUGGUUUCCUUCUGUACAGCUGUUUAAUAUCAGAAUCAUCUAAGUGUUCGCUACAAAAACCUAUUUAGAAACGGUCUACGGCUUUAUGAAAAUGAAUCGGUUAUUUUUAAAAUUUAUUUUUAAAAAGUGAUACUUUGAAGAAUAAAGUUAUAUUGUUAUGACCACAUAAAAUUAGUUUUAUGGAACAUAUUUAGAAGACGCAUUAUGGAAUUUGUAAGACCAUAUUUAUAUAGACUACUAUGAAUGAAAUAGUUCAAAUUUUUCUGUAAAUCAGUAUAUUAUAUACAUAUAUUCUUUAUUUUUUGCCUGUAUAUGUUAUAGAUUUACUCACUAAAUCUCAUGUUGCUACAAUGAAAUUAACUAGAAUAGAUCUAUUUGUAUUUGUACAUAAGUAAUAGUUAGGGUUAUUUAAGUAUUAUAUACCUAUAAUAUGAUAACUAUUGGUAGUCCACUGUAUUUAUUGGUGAUAUUAAGAUUUCACUGCGGCAAUUGUACUUCUUUUAUUUAAGUAUUAAGGCAAAUUUUCACGAAUCAACUGUGUAGUCGAUUGAUAUAAGUCCAAAUAUUAGUUAUAAUACGGUAUAGAACCCGUCAGUCAAUAAGUUUAUGACCCAACUAGUAAAACGUAUCGUCCUUUUGAUUUCUGGCUGAAACCUGUUUUCUUUAUAUUAGAUCUAUUUAUGUACUGUACUACUGUCCAAGCAAUUUAAGGAUGACCUUUACUUUAAGUUAAAUUUGAUUUUCAGGAAAACUUUGACCAAAGAAUAUUUUACUUCAACUUGUGAUGGUCCAUUAUCAACUAUUAUAUAUUUGGUUCGUGUGAUUUGACCUUUAUAUCUUGAUGAUAUACUUAAUUUUAAUAAUUGACAAAAGUAUCGGAUAUAUCAACAUGUUGCUGGUGCUUUUUUAUCACAUUAUUUAUCUGAUGAGUGGUAGUUUGCGGUAAUAUUUUUCGGGAAACCACUUACUUAUUGAUUUUUUAAGCUAGAGAUUGUAUUAAUAUUUAUUAUUUAUGUAUAUUUUCAAUUUUUUAUAUUAUAUAUGCCCUUUUGUGCAGCUGUAAAAGUUAGAUAGGGAUAUUUACUUUUAAAAUAUUUAAUUAGAAAUAUUAUUUACUACUUUUGUUCUGGGUAACAGAAAAACCUCGAAAUAUGUUUCUAUUUGUAUUAAAUACCAAAGGCCAAAAUAUUUUAAGUGGCAUUAACCUAUUAAUGCCCAAAUCAUUUAUAGUAAAAUAAAACACGAAUUUAAAAAAUAAAUAAAAUCAAUAGAAAUUGGAAUAAAAUCAUUAUUAUUCAAAUAUAAAUAAGACAUUAUAUUAUGUGACGUUUAUAACGUACUACUUACUAUUGCCGAUCUCUUUUUAACCCACCGUUACACGCGUCUUCUAUUGUGACGUGGUUGCACGCGUAUGAGCGUCGCCCUCACCUACAUAAGUUCGACUUAUUUCGAGGAAGAAUGAAUGUCAACAUGUAUAAAUAUAAAAUGGGUUGUACUCACAUAUUAUAGAAAGUCUCGUAAACCAAUUUUUUUUAUUAAUUUAACAAAACAAAAGUAAAAAUAAUAUACAUAGAUCAAAAGCAAGUUUUCUUAAUUUUCAAUUUCAGCAAGCCACUGAAGAAAUUAACGUUCUUUAAGCGAAUUCAUUUUACUAAAAAUACAAAUUAAAAUUAACAACUGUUCUGAAGCUAUUUCUUUGUGGUAUUUAUGUAAUUAACUAUUAAUAUUUUGUAUUUUGAUAACGACGUCCGAGGUGGAAUUCGAAACGUCAAUAAAAUCAAUUUUUCAAGUUAAAUUGCGGCUUAUUUCCCAAUUAGAAUAGGUAAAUUUACAAAUGGGUUCUUAACCAGUGGCGCACCUAGAAUUUUCCUUUGGGGGGGAGGGGGGGUUAGCUUGGGCACCGAAAGUUUUUUGUAUUAUUUGUGAAAGACAAGUUACAUUUUCCUACUUUCUUUUAUAUAUAUUUCUAUAUGCUCUGGGUGGGAUUUUAUCCCCCAAACCUCCCGCUCGGUGUGCCACUGUUCCUAACCUAAUCCAAACAAUAAUAUUUUAAUUAAACCUACCUAAAUAUUAAAUAAAAACCUAAAAGUUUCUUUGAGAUAACAGAAACGUGAUUUCACCGUGAUUGCACGCGCAGUGAGGAAUUCCCUCACUUGAAGAGGGAUGUCUCUUCUUUCAACUAUCACACAGCACACUGACCGCCUGAAAUAUUCUAUAACUUUUUCAUACCCUCUCAUGAACCAUGCUAAAGGCAUUCCUGGGUGCUUAAGGUUAUCGUAUUAGUUUACACAAUUUCAUUGGUUAUAAACAAAUAUGGUGAGGGAUUCCCUCAUAGCGCGUGUAAUGGCGGGUUAAUAAAUACAAAUUUCAUGAAAUAUCCAAGUUUACAUUAAUUUUCAUAAUAUACGAAUGAUCAGGAAUAAUUCGACAAUACAUACUUAUAGAAAUAAUCUCUUUUUAAUAAAUACAAAUUUCAUGAAAUAUCCAAGUUUACAUUAAUUUUCAUAAUAUUCGAAUGAUCAGGAAUAAUUUCACAAUACAUACUUAUAGAAAUACUUCGAAUUUGCCAAUACUUUUUCAUCAAUGUUUUUUAAACGAAAAUUAUCUUUUAUUCAGUUAAAAUAAAAAUCCUUUUUUUAUUUUCUUCAUAUAUCUUAAUUGGGAAAAUUUGUCUUUGAAAUAUAUGUGAACCCGUUUCUAUUUCUCUCCUUGGCUUCCAGAAAGUAUUUCAUUAGUGCAAAUAUAAUAUAGAAAAGCGGAUUUUUUGGAUUGGCAAGAGAAGCAUAUUUUUCGUGUGGAAUAUCUGCUUUAAAAAGAGUUGUAGGAUGCCUUUAGUUGUCUUAAUUUACUACAGGCUAAACAAAGACCAUAUUUUAUAAGCCUAGUUUGGAGUUUCUUUGUAGUUCGUAUAUUUUUUUAUUAAGUUAUUAUUAUUAUUUUAAAAAUUUGAUAUCGGGAAAAUCAAAAGUAGUAAAUAAUAUUUGUCAUCAAAUCAUUUUAUAUCCAUACAUUACAUUCCAGUAAUUUUAGUAGAAAUAAAUAGUAAUAUGUAGAUAGUAGAUACUCUACUGUACUAGAAUUAUUAUUCAAAUAUUGUUAGUUUAGAUAUUUAACAUAUAUCUACGCCUUAUUGCUGAAAAGCUGAGGAAUCAAUAUGCUGGGAAUAGCUUUUUAUCAUUAUCAUCCAACCUGUUCCGUCCACUAUUUUGUUUUUAUUAUUCUUCUUCUUCAAGUUCCAUCUUCUAUCAAAGGUUGAAAAUCAUCAUGACUAUAGGGACCAUGUUGACGGCCGCUCUAAAUCGUUCUACACUACUGCACUCAAACAAUUCCCUCAAGUUCUUAGGCGAGGAUAAUCUUCGUCUUUCACAUUUCGCUUUCCUCGAAUCUUGCCUUGCAAAAUAAGCUGUAGUAUUGAAUAUUUUCCCCCCUCAUCACAAGUCCUAAGUACUCAAAGUAGAAGAGAAGACACUUCAGGGCACUUUGACCUUUGAACCCUAGCAAUACAACAUUCGACGCAGGACGUGUCGUUUGACGCAGGACGUGAUGUGAAUGACGUGACGUGAAUGACGUGACGUGAAUGACGUGACGUGAGUGACGUGACGUGAGUGACGUGACGUCAUUCACGUCACAUCAUUCACGUCACGCCAAAUGUCACGUCCUGCGUCAAACGACACGUCCUGCGUCGAAUAUUGUAUCGCUAGGGUUCAAAGGUCAAAGUGCCCUGAAGUGUCUUCUCUUCUACUACUACUCAAGUUUUCGUUUUUUGAUAGUAAAUAUUAUUUCUGCUUCGUUCCUAUUCUUCUGGUUACUUCCACGUUUAAAAUUCUUUGAAUCCGUCAUAUUCGUAGGAUUCUUGGGUAACACACCAUCAUCUUAUCAAUUCCCCCAAGAUCCAUUAGAAGCUUCCAACAUGUGACAGAGUCAUUUAAUGCAGUUCGUAGAAAAUACGUAGAAAAUAUUCGUGAGACUGACCGUGAUAAUUACCAACUUCGUUAAAGAAGUACACAAAAGAAGAACAAUUAUUAAAAACUAUUAUUUUCAUCUCUUUUUAAUAGGGCUUUUUAACGCUUUUUAUUUGUUGCGAGCUUCUGUUAUAUGUCGUAUAUUAAUAUUAUACACGGAUCAUACGACAUAUGACAGAAACUCGAUAUAAAUGAGAAGCGUUGAAAAGCCUUAUUUGUACGUACCAAUCCUCUGCAAGUUGCCUUCCCAUCGGUAUUGUCUCCCUAUGAGUGCUGUCUUUAGCACUUUAAAUUUCAGCAUGAAUUAGAUAUUAAAGGUCGAUUUGUAAAUAAUAAUUAUAUUUUAAAAACUGUAAUUUAUACACUUUUAAAGAGAUUUUUAGAGCAAUAUAAAGUCCGCCUAUAGGCUUUAACGAAAUAGUAAAAGUACUUUAACGAAUAGAUAAUUUAAAUGUAUUUAAUUUAUUUUUCUAUCGGUCAAUAAAAUUGCAAAAUAUGGGAUCUUUAUUCUUCAACUGAAGUCACUCAAGCAAUAGGUAUAACUAGUUGUAUAAUCGAUAGAAUAAAUAAACGUAAAAAGAAAAGCACAGUUGUGGAACAUAAAUAAUACGUAUAUAUCUGAUCUAAGAAGUUUUUAUAUUGUUCCAUCUUCACAGAACGUGAGUAAGAAUUUUUGUAAAAGUGAAAACGGGAAGAGUACAAAAAAUUUUAAAUUACAUGAGUAAAAUAUACAGUGAGCACGUAAAGGUUGGAAUAAAUUCAUUUUCUCGAGAAUGGACGAUUUUGGAAAAAAAUCCCGAAACAGGUAAAUUUUUAUUUUUAAAUUACGACUUUUUGGCAUGUAUAUCAUACUAGUGACGUCACCCAUUUGGGCGUGAUGACGUCAUCGAUGAUUUUUUUAAAUGAGAAUAGGGGUCGUGUGAAAGCUCAUUUGAAAGGUAAUAGAAUAGAAUAGAAUAGAAAUAUGCUUUAUUGUCACUGAAAAUACAAAUUUUAUGGACAAAGCUUAAUUAAAGUCAGAAAAAAAUAAAUUAAUAAUAUCUAACAAUAACAAUAACAAAUACAAUUUUCUGAAAUUUGAUAAAUCGUCAAUAUAAAAAAAAAUAUACAUAAAUACAAAAUAUAAGUUAAUAAAGUAAAGAAAAAAAAAACAAAAUCGAUAUAUUGCAACAAUUUAUAGAAAUUGCAAAGUGAAUAUACAACAAAGUAAACUAUUUAUAGACAUAGGAACUAAUAAGUUUUUACACAGAUUCUUCUUUUUAUGUCAAUAAAUUUAAUCCAAAAAAUAUUUUUUUGGACACCCUGUAUAAAUAUUAUGUUAAUGUUUAUAUUACUGAAUAGAUAAUUAAAUUACCUUUCAAAUGAGUUAUGACACGACCCCUAUUCUCAUUUAAAAAAAUCAUCGAUGACGUCAUCACGCCCAAAUGGGUGACGUCACUAGUAUGAUAUAUAUGCCAAAAAGUCGUAAUUUAAAAAUAAAAAUCGACCUGUUUCGGGAUUUUUUUUUCAAAAUUGUCCAUUCUCGAGAAAAUGAAUUUAUUCCAACCUUUACGUGCUCACUGUAUAAAGCCUAAUAAAAGAAAAACAGCGCUUUUGCAUUGAAAGUAGCCUUAAUGUUUCUUAAUGUUUUUCUCUACUCUCACUUCAACUCUCUCUCACUUUUGUAGGUGGUCAAAUCACUUACAACUCAUUCUACUUGAUACACAUUCAAAACAUUGUAUAAUAAAACAUAAACGAAACUUUUUACUCAAUAAAAUCCUUCUCCUCUCUAUUAUUCUUAAAGUUUGAAAGAGAAAGGAAGUCGUAUGGCUCCAAGUCAGGAAUAUGUAUAUGGCUGAUGGAUGAGCCUAUACUUUCAUUUCAGAGUUCAUAAAUACAUAUUUGUUAGAGAUUAGAGAAACUGAUGGUGAAAAAUCAUCCGAAGCUUCUUUCUUUUUCUUUCUUUUUUAAAAAUAUAAGUUUGAUGACUAAUUUUUCUAUAAAAAGUUCUCACUUUUUUUGAGAAUUUAUAAGAUCCCACGAAAGCAAACAUUUUUAUGGCUUAUUCAGAGUUAUAAAUUAAGCCCAACUAAUAGUCCAAUCAAGAUCCAUUUUUUCGUGGAAUUUUGAGAACCAAGGUCGAUUUCCUUAAAAAUUUGGAUUUAGGUAUUAAUUAUAACCUUUGUCAAAAUCUACCCUAUGCCGAACUGCGCUUUUUCCCUGGGGGUAAAAACAACCCCAUCUAGGAAAUGAAAACGUUUUAAUUAAAAUGACCAUGGAAAUAGAUAGAGUAAAUUAUGAGUAAAUGUUGUUCCAUAAGAUUUUUUUGCAAAAUUGACACUUCAAAGUUUUUUACGAUUGAAAAUAUGCAUUUUUCAUUAAAAAAACUCACGUUUUAUAACCGUUUUUCAUAAAUAACUUAAAAAAAUUUAAUUUUAUAGAAAAAAUCAUUAAGCACAAAAUUGUAUCUAAUAAAAAAACAAAGACAUUCGCGUCAGAAAGACCUAUGUAAACCCAGCAACGACUAAGUUAUUGCUCUUAAAAAGAUGGUUACUUUCAAAAAACAUCGAAAUGGAGAACCUUUAAUCUCAAAAAUAACUCGAAUGUGGUGCAAUUUUUUGAAAGAAACUUAAGAAACAUCUUUUAAAGUUCAUUAAAAACCUUUCAAAUAAGCUCUGAAAAAAGUUUUUUUCGUAAGAACUGACUGACUUAUGAUGAAAUUAAAGUCGCUCUCUGCUUUUUCUUUUUGAAAUGUAAAAAUUAAACCCUCGUCGUUACAAUCCUAAUAAAAAUGCAUAGCUUUCUACUUGAAAUGUACUUUAUUUAGGUAUAAUUGAUAUGAUCAAUGUGAUUUAACCGGUUUGAAAUUCUUAGUUUAGAAAAAAUAGUUGAUUUAACCGAAAAUGACAUUUUUAAAAUUAAAAAAGUGCAUUUUUCUUGAAUAAAUCUAAAUGUAUUCAUUCAAUUUUGAUUUUUUUUUUGUUUUUGUAUCAUGAAUACUUUUGGGUUUAUUUAAGAAAAAUGCACUUUUUUUCUAUUACAAUAAUGUCAUUUUCGAUUUAAUCAACUAGUUUUUCUAAACUAAGCAUUCCAAACCGGUUAAAUGACAUGGAUCGUAGCAAUUAUACCUAAAUAAAGUUAAUUUCAAGUAGGAAGUUAUUCAUUUCUAUUAGAAUUGUAACGACGAGAGUUUAUUUUUACAUUUCAAAAAGAAAAAAGCAGAGAGCGACUUCAUUUUCGUCAUAAGUUAAUCAGUUCUUAUAAAAAAAAUUUUAUCAGAGCUUACUUGAAAGAUUUUUUAAUGAACUUUAAAAGAUGUCUUUUAAGUUUUCCCAAAAAAUGCACCACAUUCGAGUUAAUUGAGAUUGAAAGUUUUCCAUUUCGAGGUUCUUCGAAAAUAACCAUCCUUUAAGGAGCAAUAACUCGGUCUUUAUUGGGUUUAUCUAGAUCUUUCUAAAGCGAAUCUCUUUGUUUUGUUAGCCAUAAUUUUGUUCUUAAUGAUUUUUUCUAUAAAUUAAAUUGUUUUAAGUUAUUCAUGAGAAACGGUUAUAAAACGUAAGUUUUUUCAAUGAAAAAUGCAGUUUCAAUCGCAAAUAACUUGUAAUGUAAAGUGUCAAUUUUGCAAAAAAAUGUUAUUAAACAAAAUUUUCUCAGAAUUGAUCGCUCUAUCGAUUUCCAUAGUUAUUUUGAUUAAAAAAUUUUCAUCUCCUAGAUAGGGUUGUUUUUACCUCCAAAGCAAAAGCGCAGUUCGGCAUAGGGUAGAACGAUAAAACGUUAUGUGAAACGUUGCGUUAAAAAUUUCAAACUUUAUAAAGCAAAUCAAACAUGACCAAAAUCAGUGUUGCUUAAAAUAAUAAGUAAUAAAUGCUCUUCAUAAUACCUAUUUUAAAUUGUUUUACUCAAGUAAAUUAUUCCUUAAUAACAGAGAUACAAACACAAGGUAUCACAUACAAAUUAGAAUUUCUUUAUAAACUGUAGCUGUAAGUGAAUAAAAAAAUGUAAGUGAAAUAUUGGAACGGCUUGGACAAGAUGUAAUAAUUAAAGAUUUAUGUACCCCUGCUGUCUUUUUUUGUAAGAUAUUGUUUAAAGCAAUAUUUUGUAUAUACAUUUAGUAUUAAAAGUUAGACUGUUACUAUAUUUUUAGAUAUUUUUAUUUUUAAGUUGGUCCUUUAUCGUGUCCGUCCACUAGAUAAUUGUUAGAUUUAAAUAAUCGCUUGUUUUGUUAAUUUUAUUUCAUUUAUCGGUAUAUUAAUAAUGUGUUGAAUAAAAAUAAUAAUAACAGA